AAAAUGAGAAAAGAUGGAAAUUGACCGAUGACAAUGCUCCCUGGCUAUUUCGCGAAAGGGUUAACUACCAUAACUGAAACUCGUUUUAACCGACAACAGCUGAUAAAGCUCAACUCUCACCUAGCAGGUCUCACUCGCUCUACUCACUACCAAGAUGCCCUCAAUCUAUUCGACAAAAUUCACUGUCUGUACGACGACGUUAAACCCGACCACUACACGCUCUCCACCACUCUCAAAGCCUGUGCCAAUCUCCCCAACCUAGAAUUUGGAACUAAACUCCACGCCUACGCCAUCAAGUCUGGUUUCAAAGCAUACUCUCAUGUCUUCAACACGCUGCUUUUUCUCUACUCAAAGGCCCAUCAUUUAGUUUCUGUUAAAAGGUUUUUUAAUGAAAUAAAUGAUCCAGAUGUUUAUUCUUGGACUACAUUGUUGUCUUCAUGCACAAAGUUGGGAGGAAUUCCCUAUGCUUGUGAGGUGUUUGAUAGGAUGCCUAAGAAAGAAGUGGCAGUUUGGAAUGCGAUGAUUACGGGUUGCGUGGAAAAUGGGUACGAAGACUUUGGGUUUGGUUUGUUUAAGGAAAUGCAUUUUUUGGGUUUUAAGCAUGAUAAUUAUAGCUUUGCUAGUGUGCUGAGUGAGUGCUCUAGUGAAAAGUUGGGUUUCGGGAGGCAAGUGCAAGCUUUGGUGGUUAAAACUGGGUUUUUGGUUCGAGCAUCUGUGGUUAAUGCAAUAAUUACUAUGUAUUUUAAUUCUGAAGAUGUCCCAAAAGCAUGCCAGGUUUUUGAAGAAGUAGAGAGUUUUGUGCACGAUCGGAUUACUUUUAACGUGAUGAUAAAUGGUUUAAUGAAUGCAGGAAGAGUUGAGCAGGCCUUGGCAAUGUUUAGGGAGAUGUUAGAGGCUUGUUUGAGCCCCUCUGAACUGACUUUUGUAAGUCUAAUGAGUUCGUGCGUAUGUCGUAGAGUUGGGGAUCGAGUAUAUGCGCAAGCUGUUAAGAUGGGGUUUGAACAGUCUACCUCUGUGAGCAAUGCAGCGAUAACUAUGUAUUCCAGUUGUGGGGAUUCAAAUGCUGCACACAUAAUUUUUGAGAGAUUGGAGAAGAAGGAUCUUGUGUCAUGGAAUACUAUGGUAUCAGUUUAUGCUCAAGGAAGCUCUGCCAGAUCAGCAGUUUUGAUCUACAUGGAAAUGCAAAGGUCAGGGAUUGAACCGGAUGAGUUCACUUUCGGAAGUUUAUUGUCAUGUUCAGAAUUCCUAGAAAUGGGUGAGAUGAUUCAUGCUCUUGUGUUUAAAAAUGGACUCAUUUCAAGAAUCCAGCUUUCCAAUGCAUUGGUUUCUUCAUACUCUAAGCAGGGGAGGAUGAAUCAUGCCUAUCAAUUAUUUCAAAUUUCCCCCAAGAACUUGAUCUCCUGGAAUACUAUUAUAUCUGGAUUUUUUCUAAAUGGGUACCCAGCUCUGGGGUUAGAGCAAUUAUCCAAGCUUUUGAUGUCAAACCUCAGGCCAAAUGCAUAUACACUUAGCAUUGCUAUGAGUGUUUGUGCCAGCAUCUCAUCCAUGAGUCAUGGGAAACAACUUCAUGGUUACAUCCUCAGGCAUAAUCUUUCUUUGGAAACAUCUUUAGGCAAUGCACUAAUCACAGUGUAUGCAAAAUGUGGCAUUUUGAAUUGGUGUUUGAGAGUGUUUAAUGAGAUGAUUGAAAAGGACACAAUCUCUUGGAAUGCCCUCAUUUCUGCUUUUGCACAGCAUGGAGAAGGUAAAGAAGCUAUCCAUUGUUUCAAGGCAAUGAAAGAUGCAGGUAGGGUCAAACCUGAUCAAGCAACAUUUACUGCUCUUCUUUCUGCUUGCAGCCAUGCUGGUUUAGUUGAUGAUGCCACUUGGAUAUUCAAUUCCAUGGUAAAUGAGUAUGGCUUUGUGCCUAGAGUAGAUCACUUUUCUUGCAUGGUUGACCUUCUUGGUCGGGCAGGGUACCUUGGUGAAGCUGAAAGAGUAAUAGAAAGUCAGCAUAUUGAACCUGAUUCUAAUAUCUGGUGGACCUUGUUCGGUGCUUGUGCGGCUCAUAGUAACCUAAGGCUUGCAAGAAUUAUUGCUGGGUUUCUCCUUGAAACAGAGCAAAAUAAUCCAUCAGUUUAUGUGCUUUUGUCCAAUACUUAUGCAGCUGCUGGUCAAUGGGAAGAAGCAGCUAAAGUGAGGGAAACCAUGAAAAAUGUUGGGGCGAUGAAGGAACCUGGCUCAAGUUGGAUCAGUAUAUAGAUCGCUCCUGGGU